AAAAAGAAGUGGAGCCUCGCCCCAGGUCAGCAGCGGACGCGCAUCGCUGGCCCGAAGCCGAAGGCCGUUCCGGGGCCGCAGCGCCCUGGGCCACCCGGGCAGGCGACCGCAGCAAAGGCGUCCAUCGAGCUGCCCAAGGGCGUCGAGUGGCCAAAGGCCGACAAAGCGCGGCGUGUGGCCGAAACAGUCUUCACAGACAUGCGCAAGUCCCAGAAGAAGCCGCUUUCCCAUCGCCGGCGAGCAUAUAUGGCUGCAUGUCUCAGCUGGCAUCCGGACAAGAACCUGAAGCACCAGGAGGUCGCCACAGAAGUCUUCCAGUUCCUGCAGGCCGUCAAAGACUGGUAUUUCGAGGUGUGA